UGUUAUGGUACUAAUAUGUGCAUUCGAUACCUUGUAUUUAUCACUAGUCGAACACUGCUGCGGUCUAUUCGCGGCUUUAAGAUUUCGACUGGAGCACGCCUUCGAAUUGGAAAAUAAUGAUUCUAUUUUGACGUGCACCACGACGUCAAAGAAAAAUAAAUCGUACUCAAAUGUGGUGUAUAGCAUUCGGAGACACGCAGAAGCAAUACAAUUUGUUACAAUUAUGGAAUCAACAUACAGUAUUCCUCUUUUUAUACAUAUGGGAUGUACCAUGUUAGUGUUAAGUGUAUUAGGAUAUCAGGUGUUAACGAACAUGGGAAACCUUAAUCUCGUUUUGCAUCACAGUAGCUAUUUGAAUGGGCUUUUAAUAAAUCUAUUUUUUGAAAAUUGGCAAGGUCAGAAAAUUAUAGAUUCCAGCGAGAAGGUGUUUGACUCCGCAUAUAAUACAGAAUGGUAUAACAUGCCAAUAAUGGCAAGAAAGCUUCUUAUAAUGAUCAUGAUGAACAGUAAAAAACCAUUGAUAGUAAGUGGCGGUCAUAGAUUCAUCGUGAUGUCAUACGUAACUUUCAACGCAAUUUUGCGGAUGUCGAUGUCAUACUUUAUGCUAUUACGAUCUGUGUAGCAUAAUACAUAAUGGUUAUAUUUAUAUAUUAUCGUUUAU